AUGACUUCAGAGCAGGAUCCUAUUAAUGGGAAACCUGAGAUUGGAGACUUGGUUGAUAUUAAAUACAAAACCAUUUUGAAAGGUCAUCCAUUAAUUUCCAGAAUCCCAAAUGUUCGCAAUGAAAUUAGAUACAGCUUUGUAAUUGGGUCUGGGAUAGUUGAUACUCUGAUUGAAGAGAAAAUAUGUGGAAUAACUGUGGGAGAAUCUAUAUGUAUUACAACUUUUCAAAGUUCAGACCCUCUAUUUAUUUCUGAAAUAUCAUCUUUUAACACAGAAGCUCCUCCAACCACAGAUAAUGGUGAAAAUGAUAUUGGAAAUUUUAAAAUUAUUAUUCAGUUACUUUCAAUAAUCAAAAAAGAAAAUGUUCCUGAUAUUGUUGCAAGUACUAAAAGGAUCUUUACUUCUCCAAUUCAAAGAAUGCAACUUUCUCUAGAUUCUAAGAACCUCGGAAACCACUAUUAUAACCUUGGAGACUAUCAUACUGCAAAGAUUCACUAUGAAAACUCUAUCAAAUAUCUAGACAGCUUUGAAGAAUGGACUUUAGAGCAACAAAAUGACUCAAAACCUAUUAAAAUUUCUGCGCUUCUUAAUAUCUCAAACUGCAUGAUUAAACUAGAAGAGCACAAGUUUGUCCCAAAAUACUGUACAGAAAUCUUGAAUUUAGAUAAGAAUAAUAUCAAGGCUUUAUACCUUAGAGCUACAUCUUAUCUUAAACUUAAUGAUCCGGACGAAGCCAGAAUUGAUCUAUAUAAGGCGGCAACACUAGAGCCUCAAAAUGUUGAGAUCAGAACUAAACUCCAACAAUGUACCAAAAUUAUUAAUGACAGAAAAAACUUAAAAAAGAAAAAGCAAAACACACCAUUCUUAUUUUAA